AAUCGCGAGAAAGUAAACAAUGGCGAACGGGCCGAGGCGGAUCUGUCUGUAUCACGAGGACAUUUAACGGCUAGAUUUAGUUCGAGACGAAGCAUCUAUGGCCCGUAUUUCACUGACACUUUGGAUAUUUUACCCCAUACGAUGUGUGGAAAGUUUAAAUUGAAGGAAGCGUCGUUGCCAUGGUGAGGAACUCGGCGUCAAAAUGGCCGCCACGAAUGCUGCGCAUACCGAUGGUGCGUCGGUUUCUGGUUCUGCUGGCGGUGCUGGGCGUGUUGUGGUCGUUCACGUUUGUCAACAUCUCGCUGGUGUUCAACCAGAGCCAGACACGUAGCAGUCACGAGGUCAAGGCAGAGAUUGUACAGCUGAGUGAGGAAUACAUUAAAGCUUUAGCCAAGGAAAAUGGGAACAUUGUGGAUGGGCCUUAUGCUGGAAGGUUUACAGCUUUUGAUCUGAAGAAAACUAUAGCUGUGUUGUUGGAGUCUAUGUUAGCCAGGAUAAACCGCUUAGAGUAUUUUGUCAACAAUGUCACAAAUGGUUCCUUGUUCAAUGACAACUCCACCCUCAGUGCCCAGUUCCCUCCCAUCUGGGAUGCCAAGAAAGGCCCAGCCUUGUCUGCACAAGAUCUGCUGCAAGGGAAGUCUGAGAAGUGUGAGCUGUCUGAUGAAGACAAAGUACAUUAUCCCCAUUGUCCUCAAAAGAUUGAGUGGAUGCAGAAAAUGUGGAAAUCAGAUCCUUGUUACCAAGGUUACGGUGUGGAUGGAUCAGACUGUUCAAUUAUAAUGUAUUUAAGUGAGGUAGAAGAUUUCUGUCCAAGACAAGCUUGGUCAGGCUCUCAAAAUAAGACUUUUGUAGAUACCAGAGUGUCUUAUGCCAACUUUACAUUAGACCUACAGCCCCUGAUGACCAUUCUAGUUGACCCCAAUGAACGCCAAGGAUAUGCGUGGAUUAGGAUGCGCAUCACGCGCAUGUGGCAUAGGUGGACAGACGCAGCGAGGAACCUGAUGUCGAAAUAUGAUCUACAGGGUAGACCUAAGCAAAAAAUAUUGAUCCACCUGGGGUUGCUAAGUAAACAAUCUGGAUGGAAGUUUGCUGAAAUGCAAUUCAAGGGGGGACCACUAGGGGAACUUGUCCAGUGGAGUGACUUGAUCUCCACCUUGUAUAUAUUGGGCCAUGAUCUAACUAUAACCAGUGAAGUGGAGCAACUUGUUGAAAUCCUUAACCAUGUUCCUGCUGCAAAAACACCUUGCCAGAGCAGAAAGGAACUACCUGUACAUCUAAUCUACACUGAUAUCAUGGGCCUUAUACAGUUCAAGAAAAGACUAAAAGCUGGAUAUGCCAAAUUUAGCUGUUUAUUUAGAGUAGUUGAUUCCUUUGGGACUGAGCCUGCAUUUAACCAUCUUACUUUUGCUAAGCAAAACAAAAUUUUAUCUUCGUGGGGUGGGCAGGAUUUGAUCCCUCAACAAUUUUUUACUAUGUUCCCACAUUCCCCUGACAACUCUUUCAUGGGUUUUGUUGUUGACCGUGUCCUCAACCAGUCAGAGACCAACACAGAACCCAAGGAAAACAUCGCCCUGGUCUACGGCAAGAAUGAUUACAUGUGGCAGGGCAAGAAACAGUACCUGGACAUGAUCCACUCUAAGCUUGAGGUCCACGGAACAGUGUACGCCGAGCCUGGGCAGAAGCUACAGAAUGUUCCAGACUAUGUGAUCAACCAUGGCAUCAUGACUGGGGUGGACCUGCACAAGCUGUUACAGAAAGCAAAGGUUUUUGUGGGCCUUGGUUUCCCAUAUGAAGGUCCAGCACCACUAGAGGCCAUAGCCAAUGGCGCUGUGUUCCUGAACCCAAAGUUUGACCCUCCACACAGCAGCAAGAACCACAAGUUUUUUAAAGGGAAGCCAACACAUAGAGAGGUAGCUUCUCAGCACCCGUACGCAGAUACUUUUAUAGGUGAGCCGUACGUGUACACACUAGAUGUCAACAACACGAACGAAGUCCAGGCAGUACUGGAGAAAAUCUUGAACAACAAUAAGUUCUUGUCCUACUUGCCGAAUGAAUACACAGAGGAGGGCAUGUUGCAGCGUAUGAACGCUUACAUCCAGAAUCAGAAUUUCUGCUCAUUCCAACGUGGCCAGGUCAAGUGGCCGCCUAGAGAAGCCUUGCAGUAUGUGCUGGCUGAGCCUGGGAAAUCUUGCAAGGAUUCGUGCUGGUCCAUCAAUCGAAUCUGUGAACCUGUGUACUUCUCUGAACUCAACUCAUACGAGGCACUGAACAACAUGACAGACUGCCUGUCCCUGGCCCACUCCUCCAACAUUUACUACCCAGCUUUUGACACCAACAGCGGGGUCUGCACCAUACAGGACGAGCCUCUGCUGUUCAGCUGCGUGGGCAGCAUGGACUCCCUGCGUCGUCUGUGCCCCUGCAGGAACUACAUCCCAGGACAGACAGCUCUGUGUAUAGGCUGUGAGAGAUGACCGAUUGGUGGAUGACCUGUUGAUGGAUGACACAUUGAGAGAUCACUGCCAUAUGGAGAUGUGUGCUGUGUUGAUGGUUCCUGUAACAGCUUCACAUUAUGAUUGGAUCUUACUUGACUGUAAUA